GACAGAUUAAAAUGAUUAGAUAAUAUAAUUUCAGUAUAAAGUUAUAAAAAAUGUAAAAUCAAAUGUUAGGGUUAUAUGGUCGCAGGUAGCUCAAUAGAGAAGUUUUAACCAUGUCUAAAUUUCUCUUGAUUAGUAUCAUCUUCGUUCUAACGAGAUGGACACUUGGAGGACCUACAGUGACCAUUCCUCAAGGAAGCUUGGAGGGUGGUGAAGGACAAGAUAUCGACGGAAACCAAUUUUAUAAAUUUUUAGGGAUUCCGUACGCCAAGCCUCCAGUGGGAGAUCUGAGAUUUAAGGAACCUGUGAAUGCAGAAUCUUGGGAAGGGGUAAGAAAUGCAACUGUGGAAGGAAGUUCUUGCGUUCAAAAAAGCGGAGGUUCAGAAGAUUGUUUGUAUCUCAAUGUUUAUACCAGAAAUUUACCAACAGAAAAUUCGACUGACCUCAAGGCAGUGAUGGUAUGGAUCCACGGAGGCUCCUUUACAUCAGGUUCCGGUUCUCCCACAAUAUACGGUCCAGAAUUCCUGUUAACCGAAGACGUGAUAGUUGUUUCCAUCAAUUACAGAUUAGGACUUCUCGGCUUUAUUAGAUUCAAAAAUGAGAGUUUGGGUGUUCCUGGAAAUAUGGGAUUUAAGGACCAAGUCAAGGCGUUGGAAUGGGUUCAGAAUAAUAUUGUGUAUUUUAAUGGAGAUCCUAAUAAUGUCACAAUAUUUGGCGAGAGUGCUGGUUCAGCAUCGGUACAUUAUCAUGUGCUAUCGCCUUUAUCAAUAGAAUUUUUCCAAAAAGCAAUUUUACAAAGUGGAGCUGCAUUGGACAGUUGGGCGGACGAUUCCGACCAUGACCCCAUAGCCUUAGCGCAACUGUUGAACCCACUAACAACAAUAACGUCAGAAAGUGAAGCUCUUUCAAUAUUUCAACAACUAUCUGCCGAAGCUAUCUUUGUCGUUCAAUCUUUAUUACUUUUGAAUGAAACUUCAGGUUCGAAAAAGAGUAUAGGACUAUCAAUAGAACCACCAUCACCCACUGCUUUUAUAUCUAGGAACCCUAUUGAUAUUAUUACUUCUGGAGAAUAUAAUCAAGUACCUCUAAUAAUUGGCUACAAUAACAGGGAAGGAAUUCUCUUUAAUGCCGAAAGAAAACAAUAUAAUAUAGAAGCAAAGCCAGAAUAUUUUGUACCACACAAUGUCGAUUUCUAUGGCAAUGAAACCGAGAGACAGUACUACCUGGACAAGAUUCAGGAAAAAUAUUUAUCGGGAUCGAACGAUGACGAUAACGUUAUUGACGUCAUGACGGAUGCUUACUUUGUGGCUGGAAUUAUUGGAAGUGCCCAAAAUCACGCACGUACCUCAGCUUCAAACGUCUAUCUUUAUAAACUAUCACUGGACACCCAACUGAACUUUAUGAAGAUAUAUUACGGUCUCACUGAAUUUUGGGGAGCAUCUCACGGUGACGACUUAGGAUAUUUGUUUAAAACCUUGUUGAACACAACUAUCGAAUCUGGCAGCGUAGAAGAAACUAGUUUGAGACGAUUAGUUAAACUCUGGACCAAUUUUGCCAAAUAUGACAAUCCCACACCAGAACUUGAAGAUGUUGGUAUUACCUGGCCGGCUGUUAGUGCAGAACAGCUGAAUACUUUACAUAUUGAUGCUAAUUUGACAGUAGAAGUCAAUCCAGAAAGUGAAACGGUUGAGUUUUGGAAAGAGCUGUUCCAACAGAGUAACAUAACCUCUGAAUAUUUACAUUAAAAAAGACAAAAGUUUUAUUUUGUUUGAAUAUUUCAUAUUGAAUAUACGUAAUUAGAAAUAAUUCAAUCUUUAACAACUUCGAAAAUUGUAUUUUCUUGUAUUGAUCUUAUGUAAUAAGAUGAAUAAUAAAGAUUAUAACUUACAUUGA